AUGUACGACCAAUUGAUGGCCCAGCCACUCCCGAUCCCACCCAAACCCGCCUCUGCUCAAGCAGCGGCUGCUGCUGCCCCCGGAAGUGGAGCUCAAGACAAACCUCCUGCCUGGUUUUACAUCAAGGCUCGAAAUACCCCUAGUCUCACAUCAAGGCUCGAAAUGUUUUUACCGAGACAACAACGUUUGCCGGCACUCCCUCCUCCCGCGGCUGAACCCCCAACAAAUCUCGAUAUCGCCAGUCAGCUCAGCCACCUGCGCGACAUUUGCCGCUGGGAUUUCAGGAUCGACGCCACUCGACUGGGAGUUACGGCAACAACCUUGGCUAGAACUGUCAUUCGGAUGAUUGGGUUUGAAGAUGCUCUUGCAGCCCUGCCACCUGCCAUCCAGGUUGUCAUCCAAGCCUUUCAACAAAAUAUGCAGGCUCAACAUGAAGAUUUGCAGGCUCAACAUGAAGAAACCCGCCGCCUCAUCAACACCCGGCUGGAUGAUCUUGACGGCCGACUUGCUACCCUGAAUGCCGAAAUUGCAUCUCUGAAGGAUGCUGCAAACAGCCACCUUCAAGAGACCAUUGAGAUCAACACUCAGACCCAACGACGAUUGCGGGGACGUGGCGGUCCUCGCCGAGGCCGCGGAGCUUGA